AUGGCUGCUCUGUGGUUUCUACCCCUCGUGGCCCUCUUCGGCCUGGCGAUAUGGCGUCUUCUGAAAGUUGGCAGUAGGCCAGCUGGCUAUCCUCCAGGACCACCGACUGUCCCAAUCCUCGGCAACUUGCACUUGAUGCCCAAAGAAAACGGGCACAUACAAUUCCAAAAAUGGGCUCAAGAAUAUGGGCCUAUAUACUCCCUUAUUCUCGGGACGAAGGUGAUGAUCGUAGUGUCAUCAGACCAAGCGGUCAAGGAUCUCUUCGACAAGAGGAGUGCUAUAUACUCUUCACGCCCAGAGACAUACAUCGCGCAGAUCGUUAGCGGUAGACAUAAAGUUCCACCCGCAGGUCUUCGUGUUCUUCUCAUGCCAUAUGGCGAGCGGUGGCGGAUGGCGCACCGAAUUUACCACAACAUUCUCAACAUCCGCUCGGCUAAAAGCUUCGUGCCGUACCAGGACCUGGAAAACAAGCAAAUGCUCGAUGGACUCCUGAACCAGCCCGAGUUCUUCGUCGACCACAUCCGCCGCUACUCCCACUCGUUGACCACACAGAUGACGUACGGCUUCCGGUCCAACAGCAUGGACAACCCGAAGCUAAAGGCACUGUUCACCAACCUUCACGAAUUCUCCAAGACCAUGGGAACGACCGCUGCGGCCUUGCUGGACUUAUACCCGCCCCUGAGACACUUGCCUGACGUGAUGCUGCCAACGAGGCGCUACGCGAAGAAGCUGCAUACCAUCGAGUGUGAUCUUCACAAGAGCAACUGGAUGGAGGUUAAGGCUAAGUUGAGGAAUGGAACUGCCAAGCCAUCCCUCUGCGUCAGCCUUGCAAAGGCGCAGGACAUCGAAGGGUUCUCCGACGAGCAAGCUGGUUACAUCGCCGGUAAUCUCCUAGAAGCGGGCGCAGACACCACGUCGGCGCAGCUCGUGGGAUUCGUGCAAGCCAUGCUCCUGUUUCCUGAGGUACAAAAGAAGGCUCAAGCGGAAAUCGUCCGCGUCUGUGGUGACAGGAUGCCUACCAUGGACGACGAGAUGGACCUACAGUAUAUCCGGGCGUGCAUGAAGGAGACGCACCGCUGGAUGCCGACGGCGAUCCUGGGCAUCGCGCACUCGGUCAUCAAGGACGACGAGUAUAUGGGCUACAAGAUCCCAAAGGACUCGACCGUCGUGCUGAACGUCUGGGCCAUCCACAUGGAUCCCAAGCGCCACAGUAACCCCUCCGUCUUCGACCCGUCCCGGUACGCCGACGACUACACGUCGUCGAUGGAGUCGGCGCAGUCCAAGGACCCGUCCAAGCGCGACCAGUUCCUCUUCGGGGCCGGGCGGCGCAUCUGCCAGGGCAUGCACAUCGCGGACCGGUCCAUGUUCCUGGCCAUGUCGCGCAUGCUGUGGGCGUUCGACCUGCGCAAGGCGCGCGACUGCGCCGGCAACGAGAUCACGCCCGACCCGACAGCGCUGAUCCCGGGCAUGCUGGUGCAGCCCGUGCCGUUCCGCGCGAGCAUCACGCCGCGCACGCCGCACCACGCGCGCGUCGUGCGCGAGCAGUGGGCGGGGUGCCGCGAGCUGCUCGAUGAGGAACACCAGUGGCGCGAGGUGCCCCGGGGCAUGGCGCUGGAUACUUAUGAGCCGGUGGGGGACCCGGAGAAGGUCUGA